GAAGAAUUGGCCGACUUGGGAGGACCACACGUGACUGGCUACAGAGCCUACGCACACAAAACACCACAUUCAUUCCAGUGAGCCAAUAACAACCCAAUCCGAAAACCGUUGAAACGGUAUCCCUGCCAUCCGCGUCGUCAUCAUGAUCACCCCCGGGCCCUCCCUCUCUCUCUCCUCAUUUUCUCUCUCUAAACUAACAAGGUGAAAUUCACAGCGCUUCCUUCCUUCCUUCACAAGAAGAAUAAAAAGUACAUCUAGAGAGAGAUGGAGCAGAAUUCGAGAUGGCGUAGGGAGAGAGAUUGAUGGGGAAGUACGCGAGGCAGAAGAAGGAGAAGUGCAAGGGAAUCGGAGAGAUUGAAGUAAUGGAGGUGGCUCAUGACGUCGGCGUGAAAACAAGAGCUCGAGCUCUGUCAGUGGCGGCGGCGGCCAGCUCCAAAACGGCGAAGAAGAGGAAGGUUAGUUCCGGCAGAGAGUCGAAGUUAUCUACGACGUCGUUGAUUCAGCUCAGGAGUCGCCGACGACCAGCUUCGCCCGCGGCGUCUCGUUGCUCGAGUAACGCGUGCAGCGACGUCGGCGGUGGGAGUGAGAAAGUUGUAGAUCUAGAGGAUGUUCAAAUUGAGACAUCAACGUGUAUCUUCGGCAACCGAGGAAGGAGAGAAACGACGCCGUCAAGUGAGAGUCAAGCGGAAUCAGGAGACCUGGAGCCAAUGGCGAGGCCAACGGAAGCUAAUUCUUCAUCCGCUGGGGUUAUGCCGUCCGAAAUCGAACUCGAUGAAUUCUUCGCAGCAGCAGAGAAAGACCUCCAGAAACGAUUUACAGACAAGUAUAACUAUGAUGUUGCAAACGACGUGCCACUGGGAGGUCGCUACGAGUGGAUUCAGCUAAAGCCAUGAAGAAGAAGAAGAAGAAGAAGAAACAAGGAGUCGGAUUUCCUUGAAAAUAACUACAAUUACCACUGCUGUAUUUAACUGUAAGGCUUCUUUUUCCUAGGACUCUAGUUUAGUUGAUGUACAGGUAUUCUGUUUGUUCUGCGUAGUACUGCUGCUGGCUCAAGCUUCUGCCAAAACAAAUAAAAGCUUUCAGCUUGUUUUUUUUAGCCCUUAAAUUU